AUGGUUUCUUCUUUAAUUGAGCAUGAAAGAAUCAAAACUACUUUAGCUAAGGCUAAAGAAGCACGAAAACUAGCCGAUAAGGUGAAUAAUUUACAAAUGACUUUACGUAAAAUUGAAGUCCAACAUUUCAACAUUAACCAACAGAAUCGUUAUCGCGAAAGAAACGGAGGUUACACGCGAAUUCACCGAAUAGGCAAUCGUGUUUCUGAUAAUGCACCUAUGGCAGUUUUAGAAUAUGUUGACGCACCAGGAGAUUUAAAAUAUGAAAUGUUAAUAAAACAACUUGCACGAAGAGAACUUGACCCAUCUCUGAAGGUUCCGACCACAUUUAAUGACGAGGGAGUAUCACCAUUGAGAAAGAAGCGCGAAUUCAAAAGAUGGUUAGACAGACUUAAGGCACAAAGAAAAUUCGAAAAACAAGUGGAAAAAAUGAUGAAUUGUAAGAAAAUGACGCCAAAAGAUUUGGAUAGUGCAAUCUUGCAAGAAAUUCGUAAUCUUAAAAUUGCUGAUGAACGUAAAGAAGAUAUGAGGAUUAAAUACAAGUUGAGAAUGAAAGCAUCCCUUCGUUGUGAUUGUAAAUGGAGAGUGGUUCUAUUUAGAAAUGAACAAGGUAAUCAAUGGGAAUUUCGAAAGUCGGUAAACCCGCAGCAUUCGGAACAUAAUCAUGACCUGAUUCCCCCGGAACAUAUUCCCGAACCAUGGCCUCCAAAUGUUCUGCAACGAAUUGCUGAUCUUGCAAAUUCUGGACUAUCAACUGGAGACAUAAGAAAUACGAUGCAAAUGGAAUUUCCGAAUUUAUUAUGGGAUGAAAGGAGGUUUUAUAAUCGUCUGGCUGAAGAAAGGAAAAAAUUGAAAAUAAGAGACACGGAACAACGCGUCAUUGAUACAAUAGUCCUGGCGGCUCAGCUUGCCUCUUUGGCGUGUUCAAAUAAAGAAUAUACAGAUAAAGUUCACACUGUUCUUCACAAGGCAUUUGAAGAUAUCUGCAGAAGUGCUAAAAUUGAUCCAUCAUCUGUUUUUAACGACAAUUUAUCGACAUAUGGUGAUAUGACAGUAAUCACGCCAUCUAUGUCAUCAAGUGCAGAUAUCAUAUGUACUUACCCAGCAGGAAUAAUAACUGUUAAAAAUAUUCCUGGGCAAAAAGGAAGACCUUCAAAAAAGAAUUUGCAUCAAUUACCACCUAACCAGUCAAUCCCACCACAGGCUCAAUGUCAGCUCGAUCAAAUAAAUAAUAUAACUCCUCAAAAUAUAUUGACACCACCCAAUGAACAUUCACCACAAUUAACACAGCAACAAAUUAAUUUGUCCUUACACCCACAAAAUGAGUCAUCACCUCAAUCACAUCAAAAUGGACCGUUGUCAUCUCAAUUACACCAACAAAGUGGUUUACAACUUCAAAAUGAUUUGACCUUUCCUCGACUACAAAAUACCAAAGAUUUAAUGUUAUCACAAUUAAACGCUCAAAAUAAUCCGCAUUCAUCACAAACACUUUCUUCGCAACCACAAUCUCAACUUAUUCCACAAUUCUUUCCGUACCCGCGGUCACGACCUCCACCACAGGAUAUAUCAAAUGGGUCACCACAACAGAUGAAUUUGCAGUCACAGCAAGACUAUUCAAACCAGCAAAUUCCUCAGGUGGACCAGUCGCAAACAUUGCCCUAUUCGCAACAACUUCAACAGCCCAUUCCUCAAGUGCAACUAUCACAAUCGUUACGUAUGCAACCAAAGAUAUCCACUUUCCAGUUUAUGGAUGGGGAUAUGUCAGAUCAAAAGCAAAUAUUGUCACCUCAAAAGAAUACAAUUGGACUUGAUAAUGCACCAAGAAUUGAAAAUGCAAAUACUUAUGAUAAUGUGACUAGUUUUGCAAAUAUCAACUCUAGGAUUGAGACACCUGCUCAUUACAAUCCAACGGCAGUUAAUAGAAUCUUCACUUCUGAAAUUCAGCCUUCCAACCUUACUUCUGUCAACCAAAUAAAUAACACCAAUUCAUUUAAUACUAACAAUUUUAAUAAUUCCUCCAUCUUUCAAGCUGUUCCUGAACGUAUUAACUCGUCUUUACCUUCACCUCCUCAACCUCAUGAAGUACCACCGCCGAUGAAUUGGAUAAAUCAACAUCAAACGUAG